UUUGAUUUUAGACCCAACAAAACCAAACUUCCCCAUCACAAAAGUUCAUAGCUUUAUUCCACAAUGGAACUAGAAGAAGCAGAUUCAUUGCUCACUUCACUGAAACUACAACACCAGCAAGAACAAAUAGAGAGGCUUAUUGUUGUGAGUGGUCCUUGCAAGGUGGUUGAGUAUUUGCAGCCUGUAAUGUCAAAGGAGCUUCUCUGCAAGUUCCCAGACAACUCUGCCUUCGAUUUCGACUACACGCAGAGCUCGAUAUGGUCUCCGCUGGUCCCCCGGGCUUACGCUCCGAUGGAUUUGGACUUGGAUUUCGAUUUCAUGACCCCGAAAAGGCUCGCAUUUGAUCAAGUGGAGUCGGAGCCCAACAAUCAAACUAGUAGCAUCAAGAAAGUGGGUUCUAGUGGUAAGAAAAAGAUGUGCACUGCUGGGUUUAAUCUUAACUUGAGUGCAUUGAAGAGGAAGAAGUGGAAAGGCAAGAAGAACAAGAUGGCAUUGGUGCCUGAAUUUUCUCCAACUCCUGUUAACGGUAAUUGUUACCCCAUUGCCUCAAAGGUAUGGAAUAAGGUUCUCAAAGCUGCCUCUAAGCACUUCAAGAAGAAGAAGAGAGAUCCAAUGGCCCAUGUAAGGCUCUCCAAUUAUUUCAAAGAGGGAAAUAUCUGAAGCCCUUCCACUUCCACUCAUAUGUAAUUCUUUAUUGUUUCAUUCCUUAAUUUAUUUAACUAUUUAUCUCUGUUGCCUGCAUUUUAAUAAUAUAAACAUAACUUAGUACUUGGUAUAAAUGUCUGAUCUCUA